AUGGAUACCAAACCAACUAGUCAAAUCAAUGCUAAACUAUUUCAUCUUAUUGGUCCUUUCUUUCAGUCAUUUGCAGAAGCUCGAGGUGCAGCAUCAUCGGUAAUUCGGCUUAUUGAAGAGGGAAAUGACAUAACUAUCAAUGAAACUGAUGUAUUGAAAGAGGAUACAGAAUCAAUGUAUAAUAUCAAUGGUGACAUUCAAUUUGACAAUGUCAACUUUAUGUAUCCAUCUCGAAAAGGUGCACCAGUUCUUCGUAAUCUUUCACUCAUCGCUCGUGCUGGUCAGACAACAGCUCUUGUAGGUUCAAGUGGCUGUGGAAAAAGUACAUGUAUAUCAUUAUUUCUUCGUUACUAUGAACCUUCAUCUGGUCGAAUAACAAUUGAUAGUCGACCAAUAACAAACUACAAUGUCCAACAACUUCGACAAACCAUUGGAGUUGUCAAUCAAGAACCUAUUUUAUUCGGUAUGAGUAUUUAUGAAAAUAUUCGUUUUGGUAAAGUAAAUGCAACACGAGAAGAAAUUGAACAAGCUGCACGAGAUGCAAAUGCACAUCAUUUCAUCAUGCAAUUACCAAAUAAAUAUGAAACACUUGUUGGUGAACGGGGUAUGCAGUUGAGUGGUGGUGAAAAACAACGUAUUGCAUUAGCUCGUGCUCUUGUCAAGCAACCUACAUUUCUUUUAUUGGAUGAAGCAACAAGUGCACUUGAUAAUAUUAGCGAAAAAAUUGUUCAAGACGCUCUUGAUCGAGCAUGCAAAGGUCGUACAACAAUUGUUAUUGCUCAUCGUUUGAGUACAAUUCAAAAUGCUGAUCAAAUAUAUGUAUUAGAUAAUGGAAAUGUGAUUGAGCAAGGUACACAUGAAACAUUGAUGGCAAAAGAAGGAGGCAAAUAUCAAUCAAUGGUCAAACGUCAACAAAUGGAAAGAUUCGAUGAUGAUAAAGAUGAUAUGAUGAGCAUAGAAAAAGCAACAAAAGAAGAGGAAAAGUCUAUAUUAGAACGCUCUUGUUUGUUUAGUGAUAGUCAAAUUGUUGGUGUGAACCAACAAAGUUCAAAAUCAUUCACACAAAGAUUUGUCCUUUGGAGACUCUUAUCAAUGAAUAGUCCUGAAUGGAUCACUAUCUUGAUUGGUUGUAUAGCUUGUAUACUUAAUGGAGCAGGUCAACCAUUGUUUGCAUUUUUAGUUACCAAAAUGGUUGAUGCAUUCAAAUAUUGUUCAAACUCUGAACGACGUACUCAUGUGUUGAUAACUUGCUUUAUUUUUUUACUUUUUGGUGUUGCUCUUUUGGUUGUUCGUUUCGUCCAGUAUACGGCUUUUGCCAUAUCAGGAUCGAAAUUGACACAACGUAUUCGUUCGAAAGCUUUUGCAUGUCUUCUUAGUCAAGAGAUUGCUUAUUUCGAUCAACCUGAAAAUAGUUCUGGUGCAAUAUGUACUCGUCUUUCUUCUGAUGCAUUGUCGAUUCAAGAAAUGAGUGGUACACGAUUAGGAGCCAUCUGUCAAGCUAUUGGACUUUCACUUUUCGGAAUGUUAUUUGGAUUUUUAAUAAGUUGGCAAUUAACAAUUAUCGUUUUGGCUCCUCUUUUUCUCCUAUCUAUAGUCACCUAUAAGAAUGUACGCUCACAUAAACGGCUGAAACAAGAAUUUGACCGUAUUAUCGAAAGAGCAAGCACAGAUGAGUUUCGUGGAGAAAUAAAAUUUGAUCAAGUCAAAUUUAUCUAUCCUACUCGACCAACAUCAAUUAUUCUCAAUAAACUUCAAUUGAAUAUUAGAUCAGGUCAACGUGUGGCUCUUGUUGGUAUGUUAGAAUUAAAUGUUUCUAUUGAAUGCUCAUUAGGUAAUAUAAUUCGUACAGGUACAUCCGGAUGUGGAAAAACAACGUUUCUUGAUGAUAUUGAUAUUCGACAACUAAAUUUACAAUGGGUUCGUUCUCAAUUUGGUCUUGUUAGUCAAGAACCAAUCUUAUUCGAUUUAACAAUUGCUGAAAAUAUAACAUAUGGCUUAGAAAAUGUUUCAAUCGAAGAUAUUAUCAAUGCAGCAAAGAGAGCUAAUAUUCAUCACUUUAUAGAUCAAUUGCCUCAGGGUUAUGAAACAAGAGUAGGGUUGAAGGGUAGUUUUCUAUCAGGUGGUGAGAAGCAACGUAUUGCUAUUGCUCGAGUUCUUAUUCGUCGACCUAAAGUAUUACUCUUAGAUGAAGCUACAAGUGCCAUGGAUUCCCAUAAUGAACAGCUUGUACAAGAAGCUCUUGAGCAAGCUCAAACAGAAGAUUCUAGUCGAACAUCAUUGAUUAUUGCUCAUCGUCUUUCAACUAUUCGUUCAUGUGAUUUGAUUUGUGUACUUGAUGGAGGGCAUAUAGUAGAAAGUGGUACUCAUACAGAAUUGAUACAACGACGUGGAAUUUAUUAUAAAAUGCUUGCUCAAAACAACUUACAAUAA